AUGUUUAAAUCCGAUAGAUAGAAGUACAAUAAGGAAAGAAUAUUUACUAUAAAUGCAACUGGAAGAGCAGCCAACGAAGUGUUCCCAACAAAUUUCAUAAAGACUUCAAAGUAUAACAUUGUAACUUUCUUACCAUUGUCACUAUUGGGUUAAUUUCGGAGAUAUGCUAAUAUUUAUUUUCUGUUUAUUGCCAUAAUUCAAAGUUUCCCUAUUAUAUCUCCUUUAAAUCCAAUAUCGGCAAUAGCUCCUUUAGUAUUUGUAUUGGGAUUAUCGAUGAUAAGAGAAGCUAUGGAGGAUAUAAGUAGACAUAAAUCAGAUAACGAAGUUAAUGCUAUGGAGUGUACCAAAAUAGUCAAUAACAAAUAAGUCAAGACAACAUGGGCUGAUGUAAAAGUGGGGGAUAUAAUGUAUAUAUCUGAAAAUGAGAUGUUUCCAGCAGAUAUAAUAGUCUUAAGUAGUUAAUUUGAAAGCGGGGUCUGCUACAUUGAGACUUCUUCAUUGGAUGGUGAAAAGAACCUCAAGCCAAAGUCUGCAAUCAAGGAAACUCAAACCGUAUUUGAAUGUAAGGAGACCUAAUCCUAGAUUUAAAUGAAUUUUAAUAGCAAUUAAUAAUUUAAAGCUCAAGGAAAUCCUCCUACACCAGCGUUAGGCGAUUUCGAAGGUUCAAUUCAUUUCCCAAAUGGAUCAAAAAAAGUUUUGAAUGGCAAAUAAUUGUUAUUGAGAGGAGCAUUUCUAAGGAACACGAAAUUCAUAGUAGGAGUAAUAGUCUACACAGGAGAGGACACAAAGAUAAUGAGAAAUGCAGAACCCUCUAGAAUCAAAUAGAGUACUAUUGAAAAUACAAUGAACAAAUUGAUAUUGGGGAUCCUGGGCAUAUAAAUCAUUGCCUGUGCUUUAUCAGCCAUUCUGUCUUCAUGGUGGUUGCACAAAUCAUUCAGUAAACACAUUUAUAUCAUCAUAACGGAAUAAAAUUACACUUUGUUAUCUGCCAUUGCCUUCUUUUCAUUCUUCCUGCUUUAUAACACUAUGAUACCCAUAUCCUUGGUUGUGUCAAUGGAGUUUGUUAAGGUUUUCCAAUGUUAUUUCAUAAAUACAGAUUAAGACAUGUAUGCUUCAAAAAGAGGUAAGUAUGCUAAGGCUUAAACAUCAACCAUUAACGAAGAAUUAGGUCAGGUGGAAUACGUUUUCUCUGAUAAGACUGGAACAUUGACCUGUAAUCAAAUGGAAUUUAAAUAUUGCAUAAUUGGAGACAUCUUGUAUGGGAAAAAUGAAAAGAAUAUGGCUAUUCCGAAUCAUAACAAUGUAUAGCAAGAUACAACUUAAUUCAAACAUUCAGUCUUUAAUUUUUAAGAUAGCACUCUAACUGGAAUAAUAGAAGAUAAUGCAGCCUAUUAAAAUCAAUCUGAAUUGCCAAGAAAAUUGAUCAUUUAAUCAAAUGAUAAAAAUGCUACUUUAGAAAUUAAAACAUAAAAGUAAUUGGUCCAUGAAUACCUGAUGCUACUCUCAAGUGCUCAUGAAUGUAUAGCAUAGAAAGACAAGAACUAAUAGAUUAAUUAUUAAGGACCUUCUCCUGAUGAAAUCACUUUGGUGGAUGCCGCCAUGAAUUUGGGUUAUAGAUUUGAAGGAUAGUCUGCAAAUGAAUAAGAAUUUACAAUCAAAGGCAAAUAAAAAAAGGUUGAACUCCUAUAACAAUUUGAAUUUGAUUCGAAUAGGAAAAGAAUGAGUGUGAUCAUUAAAGAUAAUGGAAUUUACAAAUUGUACAUCAAAGGAGCAGAUAGCAUCAUCAAAGCCAGAUUAAGACCAGAUUAACCAUACUUAGGAUUUAUUUAGAAUAAAUUGUCAGAGUUCAGCUCGAUUGGAUUAAGAACUCUAUUGAUGGCAAUGAAAAUAUUAUCAGAAUAGGAGUAUCUUGCAUUUGAGAGACAGAAGGAUGCCCUUGCAUCAUCAGAAAAGAGAGAAUAGGAAAAGGAGGAAUUGGCUAAUAAUUUAGAAAAAGAUUUAUAUCUAUUAGGUGCAACUGCAGUGGAGGAUAAAUUGUAGGAUGAUGUCCCAGAAACUAUUGCUGAUUUACUGAAGGCAAAUAUUAAGGUUUGGAUGCUUACAGGAGAUAAAUUAGAAACUGCUGAAAACAUUGCUAAGAGUUGUAGACUAAUUUAACAUGAUUUCACGAUUAUGAAGUAUUCUGAAACAGAUCUCAACAAAUUAAGAGUUUAAUUGUCAGAAAAUAAGUUGACUUAUUAAGCUUGCAUUAAAGAUGGGAAAAAGAAAUCAAUCCUAGUUGAAGGGGAGUCUUUAGUCACACUGACAGGCAACUAAUAAUUAAAGAGAGAAUUCACUAAAAUGGCUAUGGGUUGUGAUAGUGUUGUGUGUUGCAGAGUUACACCAAAAUAAAAGGCAGAAGUUGUACAUUUGGUUAAAGAUCUAAAUAAAAUUACUGUUGCCAUUGGAGAUGGUGCCAAUGAUGUGAAUAUGAUAUAAGAGGCACAUAUUGGAAUUGGAUUAUAUGGCAAUGAAGGAAUGAGAGCUGUCCAAAGUAGUGAUUAUGCUUUAGGCGAAUUUAGAUUUCUGUGGAAACUCUUGUUAAUUCAUGGCAAUUGGUCAUACAUUAGAAUUUCAGAAAUGAUUCUCUACUUCUUCUACAAGAAUAUGAUAUUUACUGUCCCCUAAUUUUUGUACUCCUUUUACAGUGCCUAUAGUGCCUAAACCUAUUUUGAUGACUGGUAUAUCACCUUCUAUAAUUUGUUCUUCACUUCUCUUCCAUUAAUUGCCAGAGCCACUUUGGAUAGAAGUGUCUACUACAAAAUUAAUGUAAGAAAUGAAGAAUACACUGAAAUUUAUUAGAAGUCAACUCAGUAUCUUAAAGGAAAAUUCCCACUUCUUUAUUCAGUUGGUCAGAAAUAAACUAUAUUUACCUUAUCCAAUUUUAUAUUCUGGUGGGGCCAAGGGUUUAUUCAUGGCGUUUUGGUCUACUUUAUCACUUAUGCAUGUUUCGAUACAGAAUUAGUUACUGUCAAUGGGUAGAAUGCCGGAUUUGCCACUCUUUCGAUUACAGCAUAUACUGCAAUUAUAUUUAUUGUCGACUUCAAAAUUGCUAUUUAUACUAAAUUUUGGACUUUUAUUAAUGUAAUCACACUUCUCUUCUUAUCUAUUGGAAUUUAUAUUGCAUACUUUUUUAUCUCCAAUUACUUUAAGGGUACAUAUUCUGAAUUCACUCCUGCCUACUUAAUUCAAUCUCCAAACUUUUACUUGAUUAUUGCUCUGCUUAACGUAGUUGUCUUUAUUUUUGAUUUGGUUAUUAACACAAUCAUUCAUGAAUUUUAUUCAACUGAAACUGAUAAAAUUAUUAAAUGGAGAAGAGAGUUUAAAUAAUUAGCCAGGAAAGGCAAUGUCCUAUAAAAGAUUGAAAUGAUGCAACAAGGAAAAAGAGAAAACGGAUAAAGAGACUGGGGCGACUCCUUUUAUGAACAAAUUCUAGAAGAGAGAUUAAAAUCAGACAGAGACUUGAAUGUUAUUGAUGAAUAAUAAGACAUUCUGGACUCUAAAGUUUAACAAUAUGUAUCGUCUCCAUAAAAUCUCAAUUAUAGUGAAUAGACUAAUAGACAAUUUCAUUAAAGAGUAGAAUUACAACAAAUUCAGCAUCCUCUAUAAAAUAACAAUGCUUAAGUAACCAAUUAUCAAAUGUCCUAAAAACAAUAAUAAAAUUUUAAGAAUGUUAAUGAAGAUAGCAGGAUAAAUCAUCCAUAAUAAUAAAGAAUUUAUGUAAGAUGA